AACUGUCACCGCAGCUCAGCCAAGGAAAAAAAACAGUGUCAAAAAUCGAACAUUGAAAAAUUUUCUCUCGUCAUUUGAAACUAUUUUUGCAACACUACCGGGAUCCAUCACAGAACACAGGUGUUUUAAUCCAAUUAGCGGGUGCCACCAAACAGAGCGUACCUUGCUGGUCAAACGAAACUAAUCAACUGAAGUGGUCACGGUCACCGCACUUCCAUCAUCAUCAUGUGGGUACCAGCGUUUUGCCGGAAACAUUUCUCCCUGCUGACGGUAGUCUGUGUGGCCGCUGUGCUGCUCAGCUUGGCUCCGGCCUCCGGAAGUGCCGAGAAGGAGAUCCCAAUCACCAAGUUUAGCCAAAAUGUCGGCGGCUAUGGGGCCACCAUGACUUUCCUUUAUUGCUAUUCGUGCGGUUACCGAAAAGCUUUUGAUGAAUACUACAACAUAAUUCACGAAAAGUAUCCGGAGAUCCAGAUCAAGGGUGGCAACUACGAUCCGCCAGGAUUCAACAUGUACCUCUCGAAGGUCCUGCUGGUCACAAAACUGCUCAUGAUCAUCGCCUUGAUGUCCAACUUUGACGUUUUCGGAUUCCUUCGGACGGCCACACCCUCCUGGUGGCGCUGGUGCACCGAAAACAAAAUGUACGCCUGCAUGAUGAUCUUCUUCCUGGGCAACAUGAUCGAGGCUCAGCUCAUAUCGUCCGGGGCGUUCGAGAUUGCGCUGAACGACGUUCCGGUUUGGUCCAAGCUGGAAACGGGCCGCAUUCCGGCACCCCAGGAACUGUUCCAGAUCAUCGAAAGUCAUUUGCAGUUCUCGGACAAGAUCGAAGCGAAUCCCGACUUUGUCAAAUAAGGUUAACUAGCUCGUUCCUCAUUUUCCACGCGUUCUUUUGACGAACUCAUCUAGGUUUGCAUAAAACGACCCAGGAACGCUUUCAUACCGAUAAAAUAGAGAGAUUCACAGUACCGCAAUGUUUCUGUGGCAAAGCGAGAGCAAUGCAUCCGAAUCAAAAGCAAUUGUGAGCCCUGCCAACAGCGCGAUGGUUAUUAUUUUCAGCAAGAAUUAGAAAGAAUGCAAAAAAAUACGAUGCCACACUGCACACAUACACCACCUAAUAGUACUCAAAACAAGAUCAAAAGAUAUCCACGCGCCACAGUUUAAAGAUCAUCGGGCUCCACCCUAACAAGCCAGUGACGAAAUUAUCUAGAAUCUAAAACGUGUCAGUCGAGUUUGGUAUUUGGUUAUUUUACACUUUGAUAAACUUGAAUAAUACAAACAAUAAUAUUCGUGAAACAAUGAUGGAAAAGAAAAAUUUAAGGCUAGUUUGUAAAUGUGGUGUAAUUUGAAGGUAAAUAAAAAUAAGAAUUGGUGAUGAAGUAAUAUAAAAAAA